ACCACCUUCUUUCUAAAUUCAGUUGAGACCUAAGCUAUUCUAUACGGAGAACUAAGAGGAGAAGCAAGCUUUAACCGGCCGUCACCGUAUCCAGCCCCGGUAAAUUGCGUACUGCCAGUCUUUGAUACAACGGCUGCAUAUAUCACACACUUAAAAUCGUCACGGACUUCGAUACAUGAACCUCAGCUGGUUGGGUCGUGUAUCCGUUUUUUUUGCGACGAAGACAGCGACGUCCAAGGGCAUAAAAUGGAUAAGAGUUGGAUGCAUGCAGUUAAGUGGUCUGGUGCUUAUAUGGACGGGGUAAACAAUUUUAUGAAAUUUGUUGAAACCAAUAAUGGUGGAGAGGUAAACAUUAGAUGCCCUUGUAGAGACUGUUUGAACCUGAAAAUUCAAGAUAAAAAAACAGUUAAAAAUCAUCUUUUAUCGCGUGGAAUAGAUCCUGGCUACAUUACAUGGUUUUAUCAUGGUGAAGCAUCUAGUUCGCGAACUUUUAAUAGGGAAGAUGGAAUAGACAUUGAAUUUGAAAAAAGUGAUGAAGAAUAUGGGGAUGGUAUUCAUGAAAUGUUGUUUGACCUUGGCCAACAAUAUAAUCAACAUGACAGUGAUAAUAUGUUUUUUGAAAAUGACAUUAAUAAUGGCGGUCUUCCGAUAUAUCUAGAGGCAUUGGUAAGUAAUGCUCAAACAGAACUAUAUCCAGGUUGUAAGAAAAUGUCAAGGUUAUCUUUUCUCAUACAGUUGCUACACACUAAAGUGUACAAUAAGUUGAGUGAUAAAGCAAUGGAUAUGAUGUUGAAAUUGAUGAAGUCAUCUUUCCCUAUUGGUGAGACAUUUCCAAGUUCUUACUAUGAAGCCAGAAAAAUGUUGCGGGACUUGGGGUUGGGAUAUGAAUGUAUUCAUGCUUGUAAGUACGAUUGUGUUCUGUUUUGGAAGGAAAACAAAUGUUUGGAUAGCUGCCCAACUUGUGGAACCUCUAGAUGGAAAACUGAUGAUGGUAACGGGAAGAAGAUACCACAUAAAAUUCUAAGGUACUUUCCUUUAACACCUAGGCUUCAACGCCUUUUCAUGUCUCAAAAAACGCGUGAAAAGAUGGUCUGGCAUAAAGAAAAACGCAUUGAUGAUGAUUAUAUGAGACAUCCUGCUGAUUCUGCAGCAUGGAAAGAUUUUGAUAAUGAGUUUCCUCGGUUUGCAAGUGAUCCUAGAAAUGUUAGACUUGCUUUAGCUGCAGAUGGUUUCAAUCCAUUUGGAAACUUAAGCACAACUUAUAGCAUGUGGCCGGUAAUUUUAACCCCAUUGAAUCUACCCCCAUGGGAUUGCAUGAAAGAACCAUUCUUGAUGUUGUCUUUGCUUAUUCCGGGUCCUAAUUCACCUGGAAAGGAUAUUGAUGUCUACUUACAGCCACUCAUUGAAGAGUUAAAAGGGUUGUGGAUUGACGGGGCUGAAACAUUUGAUGUUUCUACCAGAAAGAACUUUCAAAUGCACGCUUCUAUUUUGUGGACUAUUAAUGAUUUUCCUGCAUACGGGGAUUUGUCGGGAUGGAGUACUAAGGGGUACAUGGCUUGUCCACUGUGUAAUGAACGAACAUAUUCUCAAAGAUUACGAAGCAAGCUAUGUUACAUGGGGCACCGUCGCUAUUUACCGAAAGAUCAUGCAUGGAGAAGAAGCAAGAAGUUUAAUGGUAAAAGAGAACACAGUGAGGCACCUACAGAAUUGAGUGGGGAGGAUGUUAUGAUGCAGUUAGAGAGAUUAACACAUUUGACACCAGGAAAGCAUGAUAGUAGGAAGAGAAAGCGUGCGUCUCAUGAAUUGAAUUGGACUAAACGUAGCAUCUUUUUUAAUUUGCCUUAUUGGAGCAAGAUAAAAUUAAGGCAUAAUUUAGAUGUAAUGCAUAUAGAGAAGAACAUUUGUGAGAGUAUAUUGGGGACCUUGAUGAAUAUAGAUCGUAAAACAAAAGAUACUGACAAGUCAAGGAAAGACCUGGAGGAUAUGAACAUUCGCAAGGAAUUGCACUUUACUCCGAUGAGUGAUGGAAAAUAUAAGAAGCCACAUGCAUGUUAUGUAAUGACAAAAAAAGAAAGACAUGAUUUUUGUGAGUUCCUAAAAUCUGUUAAAUUUCCAGAUGGAUAUGCUUCUAAUAUCUCUCGAUGCAUCAAGUUAUGUGAUGAUAAAAUAUCAGGAAUGAAAAGUCACGAUUGUCAUGUACUGUUGCAGCGCUUACUUCCCGUAGGUAUUCGUGGAUCGUUGAAAAAGGAACUGAGUAAUGUGUUGGCAGAGCUAGGUUACUUUUUUCAAUGCUUGUGUUGUAAGAAGAUGAAGAGGUCUGAUUUGGAAAAGAUGAGAGAAGAUAUUUGUUUGAUUUUGUGUAAGCUUGAAAUGAUAUAUCCUCCUUCCUUUUUUGACGUCAUGGUUCAUUUGUGUAUUCAUUUACCGAAUGAGGCAUUAUAUGGUGGACCUGUUCACUUUAGAUGGAUGUACCCAAUUGAAAGAUUCCUAUGUGGAUUAAAGCAAAGUGUCCGAAACAGAGCUCAUCCAGAGGGUUCAGUCGCAGAAGCCUAUAUUGCAAAAGAGAGUCUAACUUUUUGCUCGAUGUACUUGCACGGUCUAGAAACUAGAUUUAAUCGAGAAGACCGAAAUAAUGAUGUAGCAUUUGAGGAUAGUCUAUCAAUAUUCUCACAAAAAUGUCGUCCUUUUGGAGCAGCAAGUUAUGUAGAAUUAUCAGAGGAUGAGCUCAAUGAGAUCCAAUGGUUUGUCUUCCAAAACUGUGAGGAGAUUGAGCCAUAUUUUGAAAUGCAUAAGGAAGAGCUUAUCUUGGGUGAGUGUGAAAACGUUGCUAAAGAGCACAAGGAUAAAUUUCAUGCAUGGUUCAAAAAGCACAUGAGUGCUUUGUAUAAACAAGACUCGUCACAAGCAAAUGAGUCUCUAUAUUCACUUGCAUGUGCACCCCAUAGGUGCGUAAGAAAGUACCCAGGAUGCAUUGUAAAUGGUGUAAGAUUUUUAAUUAAAGACCGUGAUAGUCAUCGCAAGACUCAAAAUAGCGGAGUUGUUGUGGAGGGGAACCAUGGUGAAGAGAUUAUAGAUUUUUAUGGGGUCUUAACUGAAAUAAUUCAGCUAAAUUAUGUGAAAGAAAGACAUGUUACUAUAUUCAAAUGUAAAUGGUUUGAUCUUGGGAGAAGAAAAGCUGGGAUACGAAAGGAGGGGAAUAUUACUAGUAUUAGAAUAACUGGUAACUGGUAUGAAAAUGAUUCCUACAUACUAGCUGAUCAAGCAAGACAAGUUUUCUACAUCAAUGAUCCUAAAUUAGGAGCGGACUGGAGAGUGGUACAAUUGUUCCAACACAGGCACAUAUAUGAUGUACCAGAGAAGCAAUAUGAAGAAAAAGGUGAUGAUGAUGUUCCGAUAAUGGAAGAUGAAGUGUAUCAAGAGAAUGAAAUUGGUGAAUCAUUUGAAGUUACUGUUGAUGAUAUACAAUCCCUGCAUAGAGAGGACAUAGAUCCUGAAGAAAUUGAAGAGAUAUUAAUUUCAAAACAAUCAGAAGAUCAUCAAGCUUCAAAUAUUGAGGAGGACCAAGAAGAUGAAAUAGAUGACACUUUGAUUGAUUAUGUUAGUAGUGAAGGCAGCAUUGAGGCUACUGGUUCUGAAUCUGAAAGUGAUGACUAUUAAUUUGGAAAUAUAACAACCCCAUAGCAGUUGCUAAUAUUACAGUUUACACAUUAGAUGUAGACUAACUUCACUUGAUAUGUUUGGUAUUUCUUCAUAACAAUUCAGUUGUGAUGCACCUUGUACAAAUCUCUUACAGAGGAAGUGAGCAUUUGAGGAUGGCCUCUCCAAACUGCUGGAUUGCUUAGUGCAGGAUAAUGUUCGAGAUCAUUUACCCUCUUAUCAGGGAGAUUUACAGAGUGGAAGAAUGGAGAGUUGGGAUAUUCGAUUCGAAGAGUUAACAGUUCAUGGACGCAAGGAAGAUGGAGCUCUUCAGCAGUUCAACUGGAUCCAAAAUCUUUUACCUUCUUGCAUUCCUUUUUACUAAAUAUGCUACUGCUUUUUGUUUAGUGCUUCAAGCUGAACAUAUAGUUCUCUCUGGUCUGCUACUACUAUUUUGGAAGGCAUUAACUGUAUAUAUCUGCAGUGUAGGAAUAUAUGCUAUAUAGACUUUUAUGAUUUUAUCUUGAGAAUAAUUUUGAAUUGAAAAAAAAAUAGUCUCCCGACAGUAAACAUAUUGUUUAGAGAUUCUUAUGAUUACGAAUUUACGAUGCUUCUCUUAUAUCAAGUUGAUACAUUGAAUGCAGUUCAGGG